AUGACAAAAUACUCUGCAAUUAACACCGACGAUGAGAUCUCACCUCAAGCCUCAAACAGCAAUGAAAUCGCGUUAGAGUCAAAUGACCAAACCCCCCUUCUCGCAAGUCAUAUUCCCAUUGAAAAUGACUCUCUAACUAGUGUUGGAAAUGCUAGUUCCUUUUCUUGUGCGGUUAACCUUGCUAAUACUAUUCUAGGCACCGGCAUGUUGGCAAUGCCAGCUGCUAUAGCUUCUGCUGGUCUUAUAGCAGGCAGUAUGAUGAUUCUCUAUGCCGCUUUCACUUCCGCCCUUGGGUUGUUUUUCCUAUCACGUUCUGCGGCUCGUACCAAAGGGCGUAAUUCUUCAUUUUUUGCCGUAUCAAAAUUAACCUAUCCUAAGGCUGCUUUAUUCUUCGACCUCGCAAUUGCUAUAAAAUGCUUUGGUGUCUCUAUUUCAUAUCUUAUUAUUAUUGGCGAUCUGAUGCCUCAAGUAGUGAUUGCAAUUUGUGGAAGUGGUUAUAUCGAUUCAAAUUCUUUAUUCUUGGAUCGAAGAUUUUGGAUAACUGUGUCCAUGAUUGUAGUCGUACCUUUAUCAUUCCUGAAAAGAUUGGACUCUUUAAGACAUACGAGUUUUAUUGCUUUAAUAGCUGUGGUCUACUUGGUGUUUAUUGUCAUUUACCAUUAUUUCGGCCCUGAUUUUGAAGCUCCUCCCAAGGACAAAAUCCAUUUGAUCAAUCUUUCGGGAAAAUUUUUAACUAAUCUACCAAUUUUCGUAUUCUCUUUUACUUGUCACCAAAAUACUUUUUCAAUAUAUAAUGAAUUGAAAGACAACGCUCAAACUAAUGUUAAUUCGGUAAUAUUUACUUCCAUCGGUGUUUCUGCUCUCAUUUAUCAAGUUAUUGGAAUAUUAGGUUAUUUGAGUUUUGGAGAUGACGUUUGGCCUAAUAUCAUCGCAAUGUACCACGCAAGUACCAUCAUUACCAUUGGUCGAAUAGCAAUUGUUAUUUUAGUAAUUUUCUCCUAUCCAUUGCAAUGCCAUCCCGCUCGUGCUUGCUUAGAAAAAGCAAUCUUUUCAUUACAAUCAAUUUCUUCAAAAUCCCCACAUGUACAUACAUUUUCAGAAGUUAGAUAUAUAUUCUUGACUGUUGCACUCCUGAUAAGUAGCUAUACUAUAGCUAUACUAGUUUCAAAAUUAGAUUUGGUACUUGCUUUUGUCGGAUCAACGGGUUCAACUGCCGUUUCGUUCAUUCUUCCCGGCAUCUUUUAUUACAAAUUUCAUGAAGAUACCUCAUGGAACUACAGAAAAAUACUUUCAGUGUUUCUAGUAGUCUACGGAUGUUUAGUAAUGGGCGUAUGUUUGACAAUGAAUAUACUACGUGUUAUAUACAGAUAUUAG